AGCCGCUGCAGUGUACAGAAGACGAGAAGAAGAGAAGAAGAAGUUGGAGCUAUUACAAUUUUUUGUGUUGGAUUGUGAGAAGUUUCAUUUGACGACAGCAGAGAGAACAAAUGUCUCCUUUCCUGAGAAUCGGUUUCUCCAGCUUUGAGAUGGACCCGGGUCUGGCCUACCACGAGGAGGUCCUCAACCCAUACUGUGCUGUGUACAUGAAAGAAGCCAUCGACACGGAAAAAGGUCCAGUGUAUAAGCAGAAGAAACCGACCAUGUAUCCACCGUGGAGCAGCACGUUUGACGCUCACAUCCACCACGGUCGCAUCAUGCACGUGAUGGUCAAAGACCGAACAGCAGAGCUGAAAUCUGAGGCCACGGUUGCUCUCGACUCACUGGCAACGCGCUGCAAGAAGGAGAACGGCAAACUGGAGAUCUGGUUGGAGCUGAAGCCUCAGGGUCGUGUGCUGAUGGAGGCCAGAUAUUACCUGGAGAAAAGUGAUGCUGCAGGACAAAUGGACGCAGGCGGCGAGUCUGAGCGAGAGAGAGACGGUUUGUUCGCCCUUCACCAGCGACGUGGUGCCAUCAAACAGGCCAAAGUUCACGAGGUCAAAUGUCACGAGUUCAGCGCCACUUUCUUCCCUCAACCCACGUUCUGCUCCGUCUGUAAAGAGUUUGUUUGGGGUCUAAACAAACAGGGUUACCAGUGUCAACAAUGUAACGCAGCCAUACAUAAAAAAUGCAUCGACAAAGUCAUCGCCAAAUGUACGGGUUCAGCCAUAAACAGCAAAGAGACCAUGAUGCAUAAGGAGCGUUUUAAGAUCGACAUGCCGCACAGGUUUAAAGUCUACAACUACAAGAGUCCCACCUUCUGUGAACACUGUGGGACGCUGCUGUGGGGUCUCGCCAAGCAGGGACUCAAGUGUGACGAAUGUGGGAUGAACGUUCAUCACAAGUGUCAGAACAAAGUGGCCAAUCUUUGUGGCGUCAACCAGAAACUGAUGGCAGAAGCUUUGGCCGUCAUCGGGAGCAAACAGCAGGCCCGAAGCACCAAAGACUCUGACAUCAUUGGUCGAGAAGGUCCAGUGGGUGUCGGCCAGGCAGGAGUUGUUCGCGCUCCGUCAGGAUUAUUGACAAGUUUACCUGUGAACAAAGAGCUGCAGGGCGUUUCAUGGGAGGGGCCAACAGACGUCAGCAGGUCUGACAAUGAGGCGUUGACGGAGGAGCAGGAGGAGGAGCCUCUGUACGCCGUCCCGAGGAAAGAGCACCAAGCCAAAUUCACCGUCGAUGACUUUGUCCUGCACAAGAUGCUCGGGAAAGGAAGCUUCGGAAAGGUGUUUUUAGCUGAGCUCAAAUGCAGCGGUCAGUUCUUUGCCAUCAAAGCUCUGAAGAAGGACGUGGUGCUGAUGGACGAUGAUGUGGAGUGUACCAUGGUGGAGAGGAGGGUUUUAUCUUUAGCCUGGGAAAAUCCAUUCCUCACACACCUUUACUGCACCUUCCAGACUAAAGAAAACCUGUUCUUUGUGAUGGAGUAUUUAAACGGAGGAGACCUGAUGUUUCACAUCCAGAGCUGCCACAAGUUUGACUUACACAGAUCCACUUUCUAUGCAGCUGAGAUCAUCUGUGGUCUCCAGUUCCUUCACUCUAAAGGAAUCAUUUACAGAGACCUGAAGCUGGACAACGUUCUGCUGGACUCUGACGGACACAUAAAGAUCGCAGACUUUGGUAUGUGCAAAGAAAACAUGCAGGACGACACGAGGACGUCCACUUUCUGUGGGACACCAGACUACAUCGCUCCUGAGAUCCUGCUGGGUCAGAAAUACAACACGUCGGUGGACUGGUGGUCGUUUGGCGUUCUUCUGUACGAGAUGCUCAUCGGUCAGUCGCCGUUCCACGGUCGAGAUGAAGAGCAGCUGUUUCAGUCGAUCAGAACAGAUAAUCCUGUUUAUCCUCGAUUUCUCAACAAACACUCCAAAGACAUUUUAGUCAAGCUGUUUGUUCGUGAACCAGAGGAACGACUUGGAGUCACAGGAAACAUCAGACAUCACAGUUUCUUCAGCUGCAUUGACUGGAACGCUUUGGAGCAACGGCAGGUGGCGCCGCCCUUCAGGCCGACCAUAACUUCGCCCAGCGACUGCAGCAACUUCGACAAAGAGUUCAUCAACGAGAAACCGCGGCUGUCGUGCGCCGACCGGACGUUGAUCAACAGCGUCGAUCAGACGACGUUUAGAAACUUCUCCUUCAUUAACCCGAGGAUGACUCGCAUCACAGCUCACUGAAGCUCCGCCCACAACAAAAACAACCUACUACCUACAGAUGACGAUGAUGAUGAUGAUGAACAACCACCAGGGGGCGCUCCUCACUCUAACUGGAUUUUAUCUCAAGAAAAAAAAUGUCAGUGUUGAUACAAAGUAACGCAUUACAUGAACUUAUUUAUACUUGAUGAGUGAAUGAAUGGAUGGAUGAUGGAUGAAUGAAUGCAUGGAUUGAUGA